AUGGACGCUACAAGUGACAGCAAGCACCCACGGGCUUCAUUCGACAUCGUGGACGAGCUUGGGAGGCCCAUCGAACAAGUUGAUCUCACAGGAGCCGUGAAGGACAACUCCGAAAAAAAGAAGGAGAAGCCCGCCAUCGAGUUCGGCGCAGUCACUUUCGCGAGUAGCACCCUACUUCUUGCACAGAACCAACCGGAGAAGAAGAUGACGGCAACGAUAACCACACCUGACGCCAUGAAGGCUGAUUCCCGGAAGCUCACUCCCACUCCGAAUUCCAACAGCUACCACCUCACUUCCUCGCAACAGACGAACAAGAACGUCGAGAGAGCUCCGACACCAUCUCACCCAGUCCAGCGCAGCAACCCCCCACCCUCCUCAUCCAAACUCAAGCGCCUCGGUCCCCUCACUAACGACGAGAGCAAGAACUACGACAACGACGACGACGGCUACAUCGACAUCGACGCUCCGCCUCCUCCCAAGAAGCCGCGCCUGUUCCCCUCCCCACAGACCACCACCACCACCGCCCCAAGCAACCCGACACCAUACCCCGUCACCACCACCACCGCCGAUCCUUCCCCGGACUCCCUCCAACGCUCCCUCGCCGCGGCCACCGAUCAGAUCAAGCGCGAGCGCGCCCGCCGCCGCAAGGCCGAACGCCGCGCGGCCGAGUACGCGCAGCACGGGGCGCCGGUGAUGCGCACGGCGGCGCGGCUGGCGCGGUGGGUCGUCGACAUGUACGCCGAGCACCGGCAGCAACAGCUGGGCGGGCGGCGCGACGACGAGGUCGAGGCGUUUCUGGGCGAGAUCAGGGGCGAUGUGGGUACCAAGGCUUGGGGUAGGCUGUUGUGGUUGGGGGGGUUCUUGAGGGAUAAUUUGGAUGAGGGGGAGGAGGGAGGAGAGGGGGUUGGGGUGGGGGUGAAGAAUGGAGCUGCGAAGCUGGAGAAGGAGAUGAACAAGGAGGCUGCGGGGGGUGACGGCGCUACCGACGGCGGGAAGGUGGCAGAGGUUGGUGAGAGUGGUGGUGGUGGUGCGGUGGCCAAGGGCACGACGAGACUGGAAGAUGAGGUUUCGAUGAAGGAUUCUGUCUCUCUUUGA